UCACAGAAAUGGCGGAAGGGCCAAGGGCUCGUAUCUGAGUAAGCCCGGAGACACUCACGAAUUUGCCGGAAAGAUUUAAUUUGGGCAGUGCGCAGUUAGCAUGCUAUAGUGUCUGUACGAUGCCCUGUACGACAUACACAUACGUGUAGCAUAACAAACAGUGCUGUCCGCACAUGUUCCCCCGAAACCCCCUUGCUUUACCCCAGCGAGCUGAACAACCGUUAGCGCAGGAGACAGCAAGCUCUACGGCGUUUCAUAUAUUUAGGAAACGGGAGACGAGCGAAGGUAUCUGGCGAACUAAAAGCAAAGCACAUUCUGGAAAGAAAUGACGACACUUGCAAUGCAGUAACUCCCGCUGUCGCUUUCCGUUUCACUAGAAAUAACAGAGGGAGGACAGAAGUUUUGUAAUUGGACUCCAAGAGGACAGAGUGGAGGCAGAAGGGCCUGUGAUUGGUCAGAACUUGGGGACUGAUUCAAGCAGCUAGACCAAGACAGGACUACUCACCAGCUCAGUCAGAAACAGCUGAGGGGUCUGCUCUGAGGUGGAGGUCCAAUCUGGCACAAACUCCAUUACCCAGCAGGCUCAGCCACAGCACCAUCCUUGUGCUUUCAGCCUCUGGAAAUCACCUUUCCCACACACACAGCCAAUCAAGUGUUAAUCAGUUAAAACAGUUUUAAAAAGCUAUGGAGAGCAGCCCCGUCCCCCAGACAGAGAGGGACCCCUCGGGGAUCAGCUGCGACCCCAGGGAAGAGUGGUCGGAGAUACGGGGGAUUGGCGGCCGUGCGGAGGAUAAGGAGGAGCAGGAGCAGGAGGAAAAGGAGGCGCAGGGGAGUGCAGAGGAAGAGGAGGAGCAGGAGAAAACAGGGAGCGGAGGAAGGGCCAGCGUGGAGGAGGAGAGCGGUGGGGGAGGGGGCUACGCCUGUGGGAUCUGCGGUUUCCAUGCAGGGGACGUCCGAGGACUCAGCCAGCACCUGCACACCGUCCAUCCCGUCUCCAGCCUGGCCGCACUGAGCGUGUGCGAGGAGCAGCCCAUGUCCCAGGAUGGGGGGUCGUUGUCAAUGGUGACGGACAGUGAUCCCGGCAGUGGAACACGGAGCGAGCUCGAGGAGGCGGGACCCAAAGAGGGAGGGGCGGGGCCAGACAGCGACUCUCCUGUCCUUAGCCAGGGGUGCCCCCCCCGGCUGCCCCCCCUGCCCCCCGGUCACUCGGACAGCGAGGGCAGCAGCGAGGGCGGGGCAGGCUCGGGCCAUAACCGCGCGGCCGUGGUGUGUCUCCCCCUGGUGGCGGAGGGGCUGAAGCUGGUGUGGACGCGCUCGGACCAGACGCAGGAGCUGGACGGCGUGCCGGAGCUGGUGCAGGCCUUCAACGCCUUCCCCUACCCCACGGCGGCGGAGGCGGGGGCGCUGGCGCGGGGGUGUGGCCUGCCGCUCGACGCCGUCAGGGUGUGGUUCAUGGUGCAGCGCGUGCGCUACGGCAUCAGCUGGGCGGGCGAGGAGAUCGAGGAGACACGCCGCAAGCUGGCCGCCAUCCAGGGCCUCCGCCCACCGCUCCCCAAACAGGAGGAGGAGGGGGACCAGGAGGAGGUGGAGGAGGAGGAGAUGCGCACUUACUCGCCCAAGUUCUGGGGAAGCGGCGACGGGCAGCGGGGGAUGGGCGGAGUCACGGGCGGCGGCGUGCGGGACUUCCUGUUCCGGCGGACCCGGCCGCUCUACCUGUCGCGAGGCCGCCGCCCCCUGGCGCUGAGGCGGGGGCUGGACCCCGCCCCCAGCCCUCUGUUCGUGGUGGCGCCGCCUGGGCUUGGCGGGCAGGGGCGGGGCAGGAAGUCGCGGCUGCAGCUCCGAGCCCUGCGCCGCAGCUUCCUGCGGGAUAACUGGCUGUCGGAGGCGGAGCUUCGGCGGCUGCAGGCGGAGACCGGCCUAUCCCGCGGCGAGGUGCGCAAGUGGUUCAGCGACAGCCGCUACCAGCUCAGGAGCAACGGGCAGCGCCCCCCGCAGGGGGCGGGGCAGGAACACGCAGCAGGGGGCGGAGCUGAGGACGGCCUGCUGGACAGCAGCGUGGAGGAGGACAUGGUGGUCUCCGUGGAGAGCCCCAGGACGCCGCCCGCAGACAGCGCCGGCGUUUGGGCGGAGCGGGGAGGAGAGAAGGCGAAGGUGCUGAAGCAGGAGGACUCUCCACUGGAUCCGACAUCCUGCCUUGCCUCCUCGUCCCCGAGCCCGGUCCUCCUGACCAGCAGGGGGCGCCUGCGCAAGACCAAAGAGCAGCUGGCGGUGCUGAAGCAGUUCUUCCUGCGCUGCCAGUGGCCCACCAGCGAGGACUACACGCAGCUGGUGCAGCAGACCCGCCUGCCCCGCCCCGACGUCAUCCAGUGGUUCGGCGACGCCCGCUACCGCGUGAAGAACGGGAACCUGCGCUGGGUGCGCAGCAAGCGCGAGCACGACCAGAUCAUGGCGGAGAUCGCCCACGGCGACCGCCGCAGGAACAUGGAGAAUGGGGGCGGAGCCACCGACGUGCCGGCUCCGCCCCCUGCGGGCGCCCGGGGCGUGGCCGAGCCGGCGGCGGCGGAAAAGGCCAAGAGCGCGGCGGGCGGGACGGACAUCCGGCCGCUGGAGCUGUUCUGGAGGCAGACGGGGGCGGAGCCUGGAGAGGCCGAUCUGAGCACGCUCUGUAGGAAGUCGGGCAUGAGCGCGCAGCAGGUGCGCGACUGGUUCACCUUUCAGGAGAGCGGCAUGGCGGAGGUGGAGGUCAACAUCAGCGACUGAGCACCGCCUCCCCCCUCCCCCCACAGCCCUUCCUAUCUCUCUGCCCCGUGUCACCUGAACAAGGUGUGUGUGUGUGUGUGUGUGUGUGUGAGAUAUCACUCAAUGAUAAACCCAGGUUAUUUCUUAUGAAGUGAUUUUUGCAGGUGAGCACUUAUUUAUUUAUUUUUGUGUUUUUAAGGGCAUACCGCUGCCAUUAUAGCCAUUAUAUUACACAGUCCCGAGGUCCUCAUCUGUGGGGUAAACCUUGACAAGUUCACAUUCGUGUUUCGCUCUUUCCUUGGUGGCCAGAACCCCUGUUGAUUUGUCUGCAGUGUUGGAGGGAAAAUGUUCUGUGUGAGAGGGGGAAUGGUUGUCUUAUUUGGGCGGGGGGGGGCUUAGCAGCUUUUGCACCAAAAUUACUUCGCACAAUUUUGCAUUAUUGACAGCUCGUACUCCUUUCACUUAAUUCAUAUUAGAUUAUUUACCAAUCAUAUGUAACUCGUGUUGCUGAGUAUAAAAUAUGAUUUGUGUGCAACUAAGUUUAUUGUGUUUUUAUUAAAUUCAGUGUUUUGGAUUGUAAAUUCAGACAGAGCAUAUUUCACUUUCCACUCCAUAAAACAAAACAAAAAUGAAUUCACUCUAGAAUGUGAUGAUUUGAGGGUCUAACACACCUCUUUCUCUCUCACGUACACGUUCACACACAGUCUUUGGGAAGGUUCCUCUCCUUAUGGGAUGAAGGGUGUGACCAAGAGGAUGCCGUUGUGGAGAGGAAGAUCUAGGCAAAUGGACUGCAUUUAUAUAGCGCUUUUAUCCAAAGCGCUUUACAAUUGAUGCCUCUCAUUCGCCAGAGCAGUUAGGGGUUAGGUGUCUUGCUCAAGGACACUUCGACAUGCCCAGGGCGGGGUUUGAACCGGCAACCCUCCGACUGCCAGACAAUCGGUCUUACCUCCUGAGCUAUGUGGCGUAUACUAUCAGCUGCAUCAUUGUAAAACCUCUCCCUUUUCUCCUGGUGAAGAUAAGAUUGCUGAUCUGGGAUGUCAGUCUGAGAUACACCUGUACGUUUCCUUUACAUGCGAGUGUGUGCUGUACGUUUCCUUUACAUGCGAGUGUGUGCUGUACGUUUCCUUUACAUGCGAGUGUGUGCUGCACGUUUCCUUUACAUGCGAGUGUGUGCUGUACGUUUCCUUUACAUGCGAGUGUGUGCUGUACGUUUCCUUUACAUGCGAGUGUGUGCUGUACGUUUCCUUUACAUGCGAGUGUGUGCUGCACGUUUCCUUUACAUGCGAGUGUGUGCUGCACGUUUCCUUUACAUGCGAGUGUGUGCUGCACGUUUCCUUUACAUGCGAGUGUGUGCUGUACGUUUCCUUUACAUGCGAGUGUGUGCUGUACGUUUCCUUUACAUGCGAGUGUGUGCUGUACGUUUCCUUUACAUGCGAGUGUGUGCUGCACGUUUCCUUUACAUGCGAGUGUGUGCUGCACGUUUCCUUUACAUGCGAGUGUGUGCUGCACGUUUCCUUUACAUGCGAGUGUGUGCUGUACGUUUCCUUUACAUGCGAGUGUGUGCUGUACGUUUCCUUUACAUGUGAGUGUGUGCUGCACGUUUCCUUUACAUGCGAGUGUGUGCUGCACGUUUCGUUUACAUGCGAGUGUGUGCUGCACGUUUCCUUUACAUGCGAGUGUGUGCUGCACGUUUCCUUUACAUGCGAGUGUGUGCUGCACGUUUCCUUUACAUGUGAGUGUGUGUUAUGUGGUUCCAAAGGUCUUAACUGCUCACUUUGAGGAUGUCAACUGCCGAACUACAAACAGCGUGAGUCUGUGUCCCCGAUAGUAACCGCGAAGUUGCCAUGGUGACAGCGCUCUGCAGCAGGCUAUCUUGGAUUGAGCCUGAACUUCUGCUUUAGGAGCACCCCGAUCUCAAGCCUUUUACUGUGACCUUUAACCUCUGAACUUUGCCUGGAGGGACAGAGGUACAGCUCUGAAAAUGGGAUAUAGUCAGAGUUCUGAUAAUUUAUCUUCUGUCUAGCAGUGUCUGAUUGAAUUUGAUAUUAAUUUUUUUUUUGUGUGUAUUUUUUUUUUUUUUUUUGGAAAAAUGUAAAUGUACUUGAAAUCCCAGGCUGGAAAGAGCCAUUUACUUGAAGUGUGGUUUUGUGUGUAAAGCUUUCCCCUGGGUGUGCUUGCUGUGAUGAGCAGUGCUGGGAAUGAGCUUGUCUUGCUGAAGUUUAAACCCUAACGACACCUUACCACUAGGUGGCGAUAGAAGCACUUAUAGGCUACCCACCUGCUACCCUCCAGGCAGUUUAGUUCAGGGAGCUCCUGCUACAGUGUUCUGACAAGUACCUUCUGUGAUGUCACAAUCUGACUGGAAGACCUGGGCAGCAGCGUAGGGUUUAGGACGUAGGGGAUAGGGUUCAGGGGGUAGGGCGUAGGGAAUAGGGUUUUGGAUGUAGGGGGUAGCAUUCAUGGUUUAGUGUAAUGGAGGCAUUUGGCACCUGAAGCCCUGUCUCUAAGCACACAGCCAUGGGUCUGGCCACUGGACUGGCAUUUAUAAUUGUUUGUAAUAAACUGUAAAUUUUGCCUAAUCAUACGAGGAUGUGAACAGUUCAUUAAUGUGCAUCUACUAAGCCUGUGCAGUCUGUGAUAUUUCAGAGAGAACAGAAAUCAGAUGUUUCAUAACUAAAUAUAAUAUGCUGGCCAGUGAA